AUGCAUCAGAUAAUGGCAGAGGCCGAGGCGAGGGAAGAAGACGCUCUUACUUUAACGAAGAAACUUCGUGAUUUCUCCGUAAAGUACGUCAAGAUUUCUGAGGAAGACAUGACUCUCGUCAGAAAGUUUGUCAAAGAAUAUAUUGAAGACAAGAUCAUAAUGUAUUGUCGGGAGAAUUCUAAGAUUCAGAUACUAAAACUGGAGUACACUGGCAGUUUUUACGAGAGGCUGAAGACUGAAGCCGCUGAUGAAGUAGAUAUCAUGGUAGUAUUUAGAACGCAAACAGCAGAAAUCACGGCAAUAGAAUCCGAUGUGCCCGGGUAUGUCCUUCUCAUGGCAAAAGAAAGCUCAGUGGUACGUAAAUAUGCGUGGGAUAAUGGAUUUAUUAGCCCCAAACGCAUCUGA